AUGUCGCGGCAUGUUGCUCGACAGUUAUGGGGGCUGCCGACCACCACGUCGUCGAGUCUCACUGCCGUACGUCUGCCCUUGUCCCUCAAACACACGCGCCCACUGACACAAUCCCCGCCANNGACCUGCACGCCAUACACACUCCCUUCAGACGGCAUCAUUAGUUUCGCCCCAGACAACAUCGUCACCCUUACCGCCAACGUAGUCUUCUCGCCCGCCUGCACUCAAGGUUACGAAACUCCCGGAACCAGCAAUGACCCGUCUAGCGUCGCCGACCUCGAGAACCCCUUCUAUGCCUCGACCAUUCCGCAGACCUUUGUCGUUGCCUGCGCCACCUCACUCGCCUGGGUCUUGGUUGUCAUGCUCCUGAUCAACUCCCGUUCGUUCUCUCCAGGAUUCGGACUCACAAACUUUGCUUCCGGACGAGGACUCAUCGGUGGCGCUACCGGUGGCACUGCUGCACCAGGUGUGGGUUCACGACCAUGGCUUCAAAAGGUCGCAGCUCUUCUCACCGCCAUCGCCCUGACGAUCGCCACGGCAGACACAUUCAAAGUUGCCCAAGAACAAUACUCGGUUGGAUACAUGGAUGGAGAUGCUAUGCACAGAAAGGUCGAAGGCAGUAUGGAAGUUCGCGUGACACGCGUCAUCUCCGACGUCUUUCUCUGGCUCGCUCAAGUACAGACUCUGAUUCGACUGUUUCCGCGCCACAAAGAAAAGGUUGUCAUCAAAUGGGUCGGUUUCGCUCUCAUCGUUCUGGACACAAUCUUCUCCUGUCUCAACAGUUUCCUGGUUGACAGCUUCGUCCGCCCUCGUCAUUUCGUCGACGCCAUUCCAGCUCUCAGCUAUCUGUUCGAACUCGCUGUUGGUCUACUCUACGCUGCCUGGGUCAUCUUCUAUGGUCUCACCAAACGUCGCUACGCCUAUUUCCAUCUCAAGAUGAAGAGCAUAUUCAUAGUCGCUCUCUUAUCACAUGUCGCAAUACUGACUCCCGUCGCCUUCUUCAUCACUGACGUCGCUCAACCGGAUGUUGCUGCUUGGGGCGACUAUUUCCGAUGGGUCGGAGCUGCCGCGUCUAGUGUCGUUGUUUGGGAAUGGGUUGAACGAAUAGAAGCCUUGGAACGAGACGAGAAGAAGGACGGCAUUCUUGGCCGUGAGGUUUUCGAUGGUGAUGAGAUGAUCGACAUGACUCCUGGUGACAACAUGACAUAUACACGGAAACCCCGAGACAAUUAUCGCCCAGCUGAUAGCGACAGCUCUGGUGGCUCCGCUCACAAAUCCGGCUCGCAACAAGACACAGCUGCCAGGAGACGGAAAGCCAUCCCUCGUCGAAGCACACAUCUGCCUCUGGGCAGAGCUCAUUCCGAAAACAGAACAAUCACCUUUGGAUCAUUACCUCGUCCCGAGACAACACUCACACCCAUCACUGGCCAAACACCUCCACCUCCUCGAAUAUCGCCNCCUGAUCGGGCAAAUACUACCAGUGCUGCUUCGACCGUCUAUGUCAUCAACUAUGGUGAAUCGCAAGAACCAGAACCCGUGCGAAGGCGAACAGAGGAUUUGCCCGAGCGACCGCCAAUUGAUGAUCUUGAAGCCCAAACAUCAACUGCCUCACGGGGAAACAAUCCGCACGCGGACGCUAACAGCUCAUCACGAUUACGACAAACGAGCAAUGCGCUGCGGAAUGUGGUGCAAAAUCCGUUCAAGCGAAAACGGAUGAGUCCACCAGCAGAAGUUCGAGCCGCCCGAGACAACAGUGAUACUCCUGGGAUACCCGCUCAUUCAUACUCGAAGUGGGAUAUCAAGGGCAGACUCGGUGCCAUUGCAGCUGAGCAGGGUGAAAAGUUCCGCGAGAGAAAGCAAGAAAAGGCAAAUGAUGUUGACUUGCCUUAUACUGUGAUUCCAGCACCCACUCGAGGAGCGGCAGCAUGGAGUCCUCAUGUGCUCAAACACACCAACAGUGAUAUGAGCAGCAAAGAUUCGUCGACGGGUUCGCAACAGAACACAGUCCGAGAUUCGAACAGCUCACAUCACGUAACGUGGGCCAGUUCCACAACGGCCGGCAGUCAAGGCGAUAGCAACAUCGUCAACGAUGCUAUCAAUAGCCGAACGGAAGACGAUGCGACACCUCGGCAGGGCCCUAUCGCAGGAACGGCUCUGGCCACGAGGAAUAGCUCAACAUCUGAUGAAGAAGUUGCACGAACUCGAGACGAUGAUGAGCACGGAACGCCGCGACCAACUUGA